AUGGCGCGCGUGCUGGCGCUCGCCCUGGCGGCCCUCGCCCUCCCGCGGGCCGGAGCCGUCGGCUCGGGGGUGGAGACGGAGGUGGACGCCGGCGUGGACGGCACCAUGGACAUGUCGGCUUACAUGGACGUCGUCGCUGGGGCGGCCAGCUCCGUGUCCUCGGCGGAGGACAUGGAGGAGUAUCAGACGAACAAGGUGGACCGCCCCAAGGGUGCUCGCAGGAGGGCUCACGAGCGCGGUCUGCAGGCGGAGCUCCUGAGCGAGGUCGCCAGCAGCGGCUGCGCCCAGCUCGGCGGCAAAUGGUUCGCGGACCCGCACGGCAACCUGUUUCAGGUGGAACAGAAGGGUUGCAUGAUUGACUUCAUGCUGACGGUGGCGAAGAGCCCCAAGAAGCACAGGAAGCGCGGCGUCAUCAGGGGCACCGACGUGAUGAUCGAGCCGCCCUUCCCCGCAGGAAAGGUGCUGGCGAACCAGAGCAUCAGGUUCGACAACGGCAAGGACUGGGUGCGGAAGUGGUGA